AUGCCUCCUAAAAAGUUGAACAAAGAUGGGGGCAAGAAAGAUGAAGAGAACAAAGAGUCUAACAAGCCCGCCGUUUCCGAAGAAGAGGUGCGGCAGGAAUCUGGGAAAGCCGCCAAUGCUGCCCUCGCCGCGCAAAAGAAAGCCAAAGAAUUGAAGGAUGCAGCAGCUGCGGCCAGCGAUCCGGACGAACGGGAAAGGCUGACAGAAGAAGCUACGAAUGCACACAUCGAGGCUGAGUCAUUCGGAAAGACCGCAAAAUAUCUUCGUUCGGGCGCUUUUCAGGGCAUGGCAAUGGGCACAGGCCUUGGUGUCGCGCCCGGUGCCACCUUAGGCGCAAUCACCGGGACUUUGGUUGGCGGCAUCUCUUCAACUCUACUUGGUGGGAUAGGUGCUGGAGUAGGUGGAGCGACAGGUGCGCUCCACGGCCCAUGGGUAAACAUGGGCAAAGUAGCAGGGAAGGGGAUGAAGAAACUCACAAGUUUCCUCCCACAAUGGGCAGCGAGCGAAGAGCAGAAGAAGACGCUGGAAAAGAUGAUGGGACAAGCUAACGAAGAAGAGAUGCCCGGGAAUGAAGAGCUUGAGAAGUUCAAGAGUGAGGGAGGUGGAGGUCAGAUUGAUGAGGGUUGGAUGGAGAGUGCGAAGGGCAUGAUGCCAGAUCAGAAAGAGGUGUCAGACGCUGCGAAGGCUGGUGCGCAAGCAACGGGCGGAGACUCGGACUCGAAGCCCAGUGCGAAUCAGCCUGAAGAGCCAUCAAGUGAAGAUCCAGCGCAAAAGAGCGACGCUGAAGGUCGCAAGAAGCCACGGAAGCUGAAUGCAAAGCAAAAUGAUAGUGAAGCCCAAUCAGCCCAGACAGACAGUAUGCGCAACGAUGCUACUGAAGCUACCAAUCCUAGCGAGAACUCCGAUGCACAAAACGGGGAGAAUCUGGACGACCGAGAAAAGAAACUGGACCAACGAGAGAGCGAACUUGAUCGACGACAGACAGAGCUAGACGAAAGAGAAAAGGCCCUAGCUCAACGUGAGAAGGAACUGGAUUCAAAGCCUGACGACGAUGCCACAGAGUCUACUUCAGCGCCGAAACCCAAAGGUCAACCGCGCAAGCUCGCAAGUAGAUCGUAG